GGGUAAUAUGGCAGCUGGUAUCAGUGCUAAACAUGGGGUACUGUGCAGUAAAACCUCACUUUAUUAUGGUCUUCACAGAAGGAUGUCACCCAGCACUGGUUGUAUCCAAAGAGCGGCUGAGUUAGCGGCGUUUAGAGCCGCAAGUAGCGCCUCACUGGAUUCACAGCAGAAUGAGAAGUAUUGUCUGGAGCUGGUCAGGUCCAGAGACUAUGACGGCUUUGUGUGCUCCCUCCUCCUUCCAGAGGAGGCUCGACGUUCUGCUUUGGCUCUGAGAGCCUUUAAUGUGGAGCUGGCACAGGUGAAGGACUCAGUUUCCCAGAAGACCAUUGGUCUGAUGCGAAUGCAGUUUUGGAAGACAGCCAUAGAUGACAUCUACAGAGAUGAGCCUCCGAACCAGCCGGUCAGCGCUGAGCUGUGGCGGGCAGUGAGAAAACAUUACCUGACAAAGAGGUGGCUGCAGAGGAUCAUCACAGAGAGAGAAAAGGAUCUGGAUGACCGAGCCUACAGGAACCUCCAGGAGCUGGAGGCAUAUUCUGAGAACACCCAGUCCUCUUUAUUAUACCUGCUGGUGGAGUGUUUAGGGUUAAAGGAUGUCCACGCGGACCAUGCAGCGAGUCACAUUGGUAAAGCUCAGGGAAUAGUGACAUGUCUGAGAGCGACACCAUAUCACAGCAGCCGACGGAAAGUCUACCUGCCCAUGGACAUCUGCAUGCUGCACGGGGCGUCCCAGGAGGAUUUCAUCCGAGGCAGCCGGGAGCAGAACAUCCGCGACGUUGUGUACGACAUCGCCAGUCAGGCCCAUGUUCACCUGCAACAUGCUCGAUCAUUCAGCCAUAACGUCCCAGCAGCCGCCACUCCAGCCUUUCUGCAAACGGUGGUGUUGGAGGACUACCUACAGAGAGUGAGGAGGGCAGAUUUUGACGUUUUCCAUCCGAGUCUGCAGAACAGAAACCCUCUCCUCCCUUUUCAGUUGUACCUGCGGUCCUGGAAGAAGACCUAUUGAGGCCCCUCCUCCUCCUCUUCUUCAUCCUCCUCCUCCUCCUCGGCCUUUGAAGGCUGCAGGACUGAAGCCUCUGUGGAGGACUGUGUCUGUAAAGACUGCUCUGUAUAAAGAAACUCAGACUUGUAUUGAACCUGAGCUGCCACUGAAAUGAAACACUGACCUCAGAGACACACACUAUUGUUUCUCAACCUCUGGCUCAUGGCACCAGCUUUGGUCCUUAAAAUGUUCCGGGUCAUUCUGUCCAAGUGGUACAACCUGCUGACCUGAAACCAUUCAAGUCCACAAAUCAGGGGGUGUCCAACCCUGGUCCUGGAGAGCUACUAUCCUGCAUGUUUUUGAUGUAUCCCUCUUCCAAGAAACCUGAUUCAAAUGAUAACCCUAUCAUCAAGCUCUGCAGAAGCCUGAUAAUGAGAGG